AUGGACAAAAACUUGGCAAUAGCCAAGCAAGAGGAGAAAGAAAACAGCAGUGAUUCUGGGCCAGUCAAAUGGAGUCUGAAUGACUUUGAAAUAGGGAGACCACUUGGGAAAGGCAAAUUUGGGAAUGUCUACCUGGCAAGAGAGAAGAAAAGCAAAUACAUUGUGGCUCUGAAGCUCAUGUUUAAAUCCCAGCUGCAGAAAGCACAAGUGGAGCACCAGUUGCGGCGAGAAAUUGAAAUUCAAACUCAUUUAAGACACCCACAUAUUUUGAAGCUAUACGGAUACUUUUAUGAUGAUAGCCGAAUCUUCUUGAUCCUGGAGUAUGCCCCCAAGGGAGAAUUGUAUAAGGAGCUGCAGAGGAAUAAGAGAUUUGAUGAUGCAAGAGCAGCAAAAUACAUAGCCCAGCUGGCUGAUGCUCUAGCUUACUGCCACACCAAGAAGGUCAUACACAGGGACAUCAAACCAGAGAACCUGCUGCUGGGUCUGAAAGGUGACCUCAAAAUUGCAGACUUUGGAUGGUCUGUACAUGCUCCAUCCUCUAGACGUCAAACCAUGUGUGGAACUCUGGAUUACCUACCACCAGAAAUGAUAGAAGGGAAACCUCACAAUGAAUGCGUGGAUCUGUGGAGUUUGGGUGUGCUGUGCUACGAGUUCCUUGUGGGCAAUCCCCCCUUUGAGGCUGAAGGCCACACAGACACAUACCGGAGGAUUUGUAAAGUGGAUCUCAGGUUCCCAGAGUAUGUUUCUGAAGGGGCAAGAGAUCUGAUUUCCAAACUGCUUCGGCAUGACCCCAGAGCAAGACUACCUUUGGAAAGUGUACUCAAACAUCCAUGGAUUCUCAAGUACACACAAGAGUUGAACACUGCAUCACAGUCCUAA